AUGCACUUUUUCUUGAAGGCCAAUGAGAAGGACAGCAAGUUUGAGGACAGCUCGGUUAAGUACCCCAAGGAAGUGAACAGCAUGUUGAAAUAUCCCCAAGUGGAGGACAUCAUACAGCUGCUGUGUUUCCUGUCUAAGCAGAAGAUGAUGAAGGCAGCUUUCAAGUGCUCUAUGGUGGAAUCUGUGAUUGGGGAGGCUUGCACGCGUCUAAUAGCUUGGAUGACGAAUGGAGAAUUUAAGCCUGUUUAUGAGAUCAUAGAAGACCUUCCCUUAGAAGAGAAGAAGCUCUUCAAUGAUUGCAAGCCCAUCACUGGGAAACUGAAGGUGGAGAGUACUGAGCAUCUAACAGUAGUUGUCAAGGGAGAUGAGAGCCUAACACAGAAACUGCUGACUGUGCUGGAGAAAUACCUGACUGACAAGGAGGCCACGAUUGAGUAUGGUGACUAG